UGAACGAAAAUUUAAAGUGACAGAUGAUUCAUCACAUACAUCAUCAACAUUGCAAAAUAAAGACGUACAAAAACGCAAAAAUAUUUUAUUGCAAAUUAAAUCUUUUAACAUUAACAUGGCAUCAGCAGAAGUUGUAUCAAACAACAAAACUGAACGAUGGCGAAGGGCUCACCUAGGACCGUUGUCACCAGACUUUUUGAGAAUUUCCACUCCUCGCGAUAUCCAAGAACAAGCAGAUAGACAAGCGGCACUAGCUUUGUACCAACAACAAGCCGCCACGACAUACAUGGCACCGAACAUUAUCGGACGAUUAAGUAUUACAAUUGCUCAAGCGAAAUUAGUUCGAAAUUAUGGCAUCACCAGAAUGGAUCCGUAUGUCCGAGUCAGAGUGGGACAUUUUGUGUAUGAAACGCAAACGGAUCCGAAUGGUGGCAAAAAUCCACGAUGGAAUCGCGUUAUUCAAUCCCAAUUGCCAACCGGUGUCAAUUCCAUUUAUGUUGAAAUUUAUGACGAAUGCAGUUUCAAGAUGGAUGAGUUGAUUGCCUGGACUGAGAUAAAAAUACCGGAAGCGGUUUUGCGUGGCGAAACACACGAAGAUUGGCAUCCUCUGAGUGGUAAGCAGGGUGAAGGCGUUGAAGGAAUGGUGGACAUUGUUCUGAGUUUUGCGACAACUGGUUCCAUUCAAACUUUUACUUACCCACCCGCUGCUCCUGUCGUCAUGGUGCCAAAUGUUUCCGGUCCUAUGCCUAUUUUCAUAGCACCACUGCAGCCACAAGCGGCACCAAUACCACCGCAACCAAUCUCUGAAGAGGAUAUGAAACAAGUGCAAGAAAUGUUCCCGAACAUCGAUUCAGAAGUGGUAAAAUCCGUAUUCGAAGCUAACCGUGGAAAUAAGAACGCAACAAUCAAUUCAUUGCUACAAAUGACUGACCAGUAGUUCAUAAGUUGACGCCUUAUAUGUGAUGAUUGUUGAUGGAAAGUAUUUUUACCAAAAAUUUAUUAUUUUUAAUUCAUUUGUUGAACGAAGAAAAUGUCAGUAACAGCCAUACAUGAAGGCCAUCGUUUGACGGAUGGGAUAACAUUAUUAUUAUACCGGUUAAUUGUGAACACGUCAAAACUUUCAUUAAAAAUUACUUAACACUGAGCGACA